GUUGGUUACCCCUCGGCCACCCUCGCCUAUGUGAAUCCAGCCUUACCGUUUAAUGCUGUAAACAUACGGAAUCCGCGCGAAAUGCAUAAACUUCGCGCCAUAACCUUUGCUCUGUAAUUCCGGCCAUUGCAUUGUGUCAGUGUGCCUGUUGUGUUUUGACCGUUCGAUUAUACCGUCAUUUUACUGAGAAUACGGUGUGACUGUGGGGUAUCGAGGGUAUUUAUUUCACAUAAACAACCUUGAAUUGCCGAGAGCACAAUGAACACACCAAAUAGAGAUUUUCUCCGACGACCAGAUGGUGUUCGUAGGCGGUCUGCACGGCAAGCAUUGGCGGUAAUACCUGAUAUGGCAGGGCUUGCUGUCUCACCAGGUGAAGUUAUCACCUUGGAUGCGAACGCUGUAGAUAAUCUUGCUAACAGUAGACCUGGAUUGGACUCUUGGAGUCCAGCACCUAGCCCAGAUGAACUUGUUAUACAAAAACGUGGUCGGCGUAGGAAAACUAUAGUUUGGUCUCCUGAUGUUGAUGCGCGAAAGCGAGACAGCCUUUUCAGCUUGAGCUCCAGAGAUCGCACCCCUGUGAAAAGUCCGACUAAGUCUAAUAUUAUGCUGAGGAGUACACCAAGAAAAAGACUCAUGCUGGGCGAUAGCAAUGAGCAGCAACUCAACACCCCUGAAAAACAAAUGAAGGUUCCCACUGAAUCUUGUAAUGUUGCACCGACAAUAUUGGAAUAUGAGAUUCGCAACAGACGUCAUGUUACUACCUUGGUCAAUGACCUGUUGAAGGGACUCAGUAAUGAACAAUUAGUGAAAAUCAUAAUGAAUCUUAUAUCAAUGCAAGAAGGUGGAUCAUUAUCAUCUGACGGACCUCUGCGAGAAGUGAUUUUAAAACAAAUCCCAGUGGUAGAUAUCAAACCUUUAGAAGAGAGACUGAAAAGUCUGAGAACAAAUAUUCAUGCAAGUUUAUCAUCGACCAUAGAUGUGAUGAACUACAGUGAUGUCACGGUUCAUCUCGAUGCGUAUCAGGCAGCCCUGGUAAAUCAGGGUAAGCUCCUCGUCGAGUCUCAGCACUGGAUCUCUGUAAUGGAAUAUACAUUUUCUGCUUGGGCUAUAUCUAAAGAAAUUCCUAAUUGGGAACAUAAUGGAUUGAAAAACGUCAGCCGAAGCUGCUUCAAAGCUUUAGCGUGCUUUUGUGCUGCAGCCUUGCAGCGAGGGAAGUUUCAACCCCAGAGGUUGGAAAUUUACGUGAACCAACUCGAAAGAAUGUCGACAGACUGUGAAGAUCUACGACUCUGCCUUCAAGUGGCUAAAGACAAGGUUCUCUCCAAUGCAGAAAAAUGACUUAAUGACUUGUUUUUGCUAAAAGAAAACAGUAUCGUGACAAUUCAGACAUGUACACCGUGGGAUUCUCGCUGAGAUUCAAACACACGAGUGAAUUUUCCAGAUGACCUAUCAAUUAUCACUGUAUUCUUAUAACCUUUGACUUAUUGGCUAGUUUUUAUGAAUCCAUUACGUACUACAAAACUUUUGUAUCUUACAUAAGUUUUGCAGAUUGGUUGGUUUCCCCAAAUCCAUGUUGUGCCUUAUAUGAUUGUUGUUGACAAAUUUUCCGUGGCUUUUAACGGUUUACGCAACUAAACAUUUUUAUACUAUUUGCGCGUAAAAUGUCAUGUUUUAUUUGAAGCAUCGUCAUUGGUUGCCCAAUGCCACUAGCGGGUCAACUUUACUAUGAUAUGAUUCAUAAGAUUAUUUUAAAUUAUCCUAAAAUUGACGUACUCACGUAACAGCGAGCACCAGUUUAGUUCGUAAUGUGAGGAGUAUACUGCUAUUUAUUUUUACUCGACCAAGUAGUAGAUCAAUAAGCACGUCCGACAGGCCUGUGAUUACAGAUUAUUCCGGACAGAACCAUUAUUCAAUUUUUUUUAAGCUGUGAAUCAUUCAAUAAAUAUUGACUAGAAUAA